AUGCCAAUCCGCCGCUCUGGGCGCCGUUCGGGUGCACAAAAGAGCUAUGCAAAUGAUCCAUUCAAGGCUAUUGGGCUGGAGGAUUCUGGAGACGAGGAAAACACCGAGCGCUCAGUCGGUCCUUCAGUAAAAGAAAAAGGAAAAGCGAAGAAGCGCAAGCGAGAAUCAGAUGAUGAAUUCGACGAGGAUGCGGUCAUAGAGUCAAACGAAGAUGAAGACGAGCCAAGUGAAAACGAGGCCUCUCAAAGUGAUGAGCCCGGUCAGGAGGAGGAGGAGGAAGAGGAGGAGCCCGCACAGUCUGUAAUCGUCAACCGCCCAUCUGUAGCUAGUAGCAACCGUACCGGUCGCUAUCGAGAGCGAAAGUUUGACGGUUCACUUCGAUUUCUUCCGCAGGAAACCCAUAGUCGUGGGGUGUAUAAUCCCUCGGAACAUGUGAGCAAGUCAAUGCACAUCAAACUAUCCUUUGGCUCGGACGACCGCGACCUACUCGCUGUGGUUAAUGCCAGAUCGCGUUUCACAACGGGAAUAGACUCUAUAUUUCCUACUCGAGCAUCACUGGACAAGGGACCAACUGCCACCGAUUACGGUCCAGGCAACACCCAUGGGGUCUAUGCAGCAGACCUAGAGCGUGAAGCUACAGCCGGAUGGGACUGGUAUUACGACAAGUAUGGAUCCAGUUUCAGAAAAAGGCAACGUCUUGAUAAUAUCAGUCAGAGACAAGCUCAGGAGAAAUUCCUGGUCAAGCCAAAGAAAAACAGCCUCAAGGUCAUAUACGGACCUGGCGAUGGUCCAACAAGUGCACAACUGCCGCACCACGAAUCUAUCAAUUUUGGAAAUGCUUGGAAGAAUCGAGAUGAAACCCAUAAGAUUGGCAAAAAGGAUGCAACCAAAAAGAAAGGAAGAAAGAAGACGACUGGGGAAGCACCUGACGAUGAAUUGGCAGGAAACGAGUCUUCUAUAGAAGAAACCCGACGGAAAAAUCGCUAUGGGUGGUUUUUAAACGUUUCUGGCAAGAUACAAGCAAUGUCAUGGGCGCCGAAUCAAAGCCGCAUGACACAAUACUUGGCGGUUUCAGUUCCUAUCAACUCGGACCAGGAACACCAAUACAAUCCACCUGGUCCACCAACAGUCUCACCAGCGUUCUCUCCUUCGCCACCCUAUCCUGGUGCCAUACAGAUUUGGUCUUUUGAAGCUGAGAAGCGUGAAGACUAUAUAACAAAGACACUAGACGUUGCGCAGAGGCCGAAAUUGAGAUUAGUGCUCUGCAUGGAGUUUGGUCAUAUAAGAAAACUCAACUGGUGCUCAAUACCGCGCAAGAAGCGCGAGGAAGACGAAAAGGAUAACACCCGAUCUCUAGGGUUACUGUCCUGUGUGUUCUCAGAUGGCCGUAUUAGAAUUUUGGAUGUUAAGGUGAACAAAAAAUCCGAAACUACAGAAUAUCUCUACGUGCACUCUGCAGCGUUUACCGCGAUACCGUCCCCAACCGUGUCUACUUGCAUGGCAUGGCUAUCUCCAACUGACAUAGUUGUUGGCUGCGCCAAUGGGUCGGUUUCUGUGUACAAUAUUUUGACGUGUGACACCUCUCGACCAGACAAAGCACCGAUUCCUUAUAUCAAUUUCCCGGUGCAUAUGACCUAUAUCAACAACAUACAGACAGGCUACCCUCAGCAUCCACAGCUCAUUUCGACGGUAUCAAUGGAUGGAAACACUCGUCUUACUUCUCUAGGUGACCCCUCCAAGGACGUGGUUGAUACUCAGAGACAGCGAAUGGGCACCACACACAUCUCGUAUAAUCCCUUUUUACAAGCAUUCAUUUCCAGUGACGAAAACGACUUUGUGCGCGGUUUAUCUGUACGGCGAUUCUACACGUCUACGUCUAUCGGCAGACUUCCAAGCACCGUAUCUGCCAUUGCAAAUGGUAGCCGCUGGCACCCUUCCACGAUUGUGGGAUCUACUGAAGGCUCUGUUUUUAUCCUUAACGCGCUCCGCAGGUUCAUGCAUUCAAAAGAGCCGCAUUUCCAUGCACGAUGGUUUCUGCACGAGUGGGCCAGGGGUAAGGAUGACCAAACACCGGACACGGUGCGAUUUACAGAUGAGGUGGAAGUGGAAGGCCUGAACUUGACGCGGGCAACACGGGGGGAUGGCAGGGUUGUGAACGGGGUAAUGGGUAUCACCGUGUACGACGAACCUCAGCAUGUGCUUGCUCUAGAAUGGAACCCCAACCAAGACUGUGCCGGGUGGGUGGCAGCCGGUAUGGGGUCUGGACUGAUCCGAGUGGAGGAUUUGGCCAUGUUUCAUUAG